AUGGUUGACGGUCUAACCUUGCACGACCGCUGCGCUGCGCUGCAAGCCUCGGUGGCGACGCUGCUGGACGAGACGCCGUCGGACGCACUCUGCAAGCUCAUAGACGAGUUGUCUGCGAUUGCGUCGGACGUGGCGUCCAAGGAAGAAGCAUUGCGGCUGCACGAAGCGGCCCUGCAAGAGCGAGAAGCGCGCAUCGACGGCAAGCUCGAGCUGCUGGCGGAGCUAAAGGCUGAGAACCAUCGACGCCAGCCAGACGCAGACGAUUCCAUCGAUCGUCUCCCUACGCCAGCCAAGACGAUCACACUCAACGUCGGUGGCACGCUCUUUACGACCGCGCGCGAGACGCUGCUGCGCAUGCCAGGCAGCUACUUUGACGCGAUGCUCUCAUCGGAUCACUGGCUGCCAAAUGAGAAAGGCGAGUACUUUUUGGACUUGGACGCGAGUACGUUUAAACGUGUGAUCAAGUACCUUCGAUCGGGCAGACUGGAUGUCGAGGGACUCACUAUCAACCAAGAAGCGGACCUCCGGGAGAUGCUCGACUACCUCCAGAUCCAGAUUGAGAGUCCGGCACCAGCGCCCUCUGCACCGAUCAUGUCAUUGCAGUGGGACCCGCGUCGGUGCUCGGAGCAAAUUCAACUAGCGGACGGCAAUAUGCUUGCCAAGCACCCAAGUCGUGGCUGGGCCAGUGUCGUCGCGUCGCAUCCGGUGACAACGUUCGCAGUGCUCGUGCAUCUCGGUGUCCACGCCGUUGAAGUCGGAUUCCUCUCGCAUCUCGACGAGACGUCGCCGGUGCCCGACCGCAAUGAUGCGACCCGCGGCUGGUUCUUCAGCUGUCGCAACGCAACAGUCUAUUCGCACGACGAGCCUCGAUCCAAUGGUCUCCUCGAUACCAAGGUGCCACGGCUUGCAUUGCUUCAAGUGACGUGGCACCGCCUCCAGCAACGGAUUUCGUUUGCGGUCGACGGCGUGCUGCUCCCCACGAGCCUGCACAACGUCGUCAGCGAUGUCAACUUGUAUCCGACCGUGCGUCUUUUCUCCGCCGGAUCCAACGUGCGGCUAAUUCCCGUCCAAGAACAAGGACUGGUGUCGACAAGUUAG